UAUAUAAUUGUUUCCUUAAGACGUAUUAUACUCUCCAGUCUCCCCCCUCAAAUCAAAGCCAUGGCCCUUAAUAUUACGGCCAUUAAAACCGCCUCCGACGGCAUUUUGCAAGGUGAUAACGCCCUUCAUACUGCCUUUCCGUUACUCAUUAUACAAACCACCUUAAUCCUUGUUGUCACCCGCCUUCUCGCCUUCGCCUUCAAGCCCCUCCGUCAACCUAAAGUCAUUGCCGAAAUUGUGGGAGGAAUAUUACUGGGGCCAUCAGCGUUGGGCAGGAGCCAUCAAUACAUGGAUAAAGUCUUCCCCAAAUGGAGCACACCAAUCCUAGAAUCCGUUGCCAGCAUUGGCUUACUAUUCUUCUUGUUCCUAGUAGGACUUGAGCUGGAUCUAGGCUCGAUUCGCCGUAGUGGCAAGGAAGCCUUCAGCAUUGCACUAGCCGGGAUCAGCCUCCCUUUCAUCGGUGGCGCUGCAGUAGCUGUCAUCCUCCGUCGAACCAUCGAGGGAGCAGACCAUGCCGGUUAUGCCCCGUUUCUUGUCUUCAUGGGAGUUUCACUCUCUAUCACCGCCUUCCCGGUGUUAGCUCGUAUUUUGGCUGAACUCAAGCUCUUAACAACCAAGGUUGGGGAAACAGCCAUGGCCGCGGCCGCAUUCAAUGACGUGGCUGCAUGGAUCCUCCUUGCCCUCGCCGUUGCUCUUGCAGGGACCGGUGGGGAAGGUGGACAUAAAGUCAGCCCGUUGGUCUCGUUAUGGGUGUUGCUAGCCGGAGUUGGGUUUGUAGCCUUUAUGUUCUUGGCUAUAAAACCACUCAUGGGGUGGAUGGUUAAACGGUGUUCCGCCGAACAAGGGGUGGUGGAUGAGCUGUAUAUCACCAUAACCCUAGCCGGGGUAUUGGUGGCCGGGUUUAUAACCGACUUUAUAGGAAUUCACUCCAUAUUUGGGGCUUUCAUAUUUGGACUAAUAAUCCCUAAAGAAGGUGAGUUUGCAGGGAAACUCUUAGAAAGAAUUGAAGACUUUGUUUCAGGACUAUUAUUACCACUAUACUUCGCAUCUAGCGGACUUAAAACCGACGUGACCAAGAUCCAAGGGGCCGUGGCGUGGGGUUUACUAGUGCUUGUCAUCGCUAUCGCGUGCUUCGGAAAGAUCUUUGGGACCUUUGUGGUGGCUAAGUUAUGCCGAAUGAAGGGCCGGGAGGCGUUAGCCCUUGGCAUCUUGAUGAAUACAAAGGGGCUAGUUGAGCUCAUUGUUCUCAAUAUUGGCAAGGAAAAAAAGGUUCUUAAUGAUGAGAUGUUUGCAAUUCUAGUGUUAAUGGCUCUCUUCACCACCUUCAUAACCACCCCACUAGUGAUGGCCAUCUUCAACCCUGCAAAACACGGCAGCGAUAUCGAAACCCAGAAGAGGAAGCUUCAACCAGAUACUUCCAUACAUAAAGACGACACUAGCUCAACCUCCAAAUCCAAACAACAGUUCAGAAUCUUAGCCUGCGCUCAUGGGCCGGGUAACGUAUCCGGGCUCAUCAACCUCAUCGAAUCAACCCGAAGCAGUGCCGUAAAGAGCAACCUUAAGCUCUACAUUAUGCACCUUGUUGAACUCACUGAGCGUUCCUCCUCCAUCAUGAUGGUCCACCGCCUCCGUCGAAAUGGACUCCCAUUCAUUGACCCUACCCGACGACGUAGCCGGGUUGAGGUCCACGACCGCGUCGCCUCCGCUUUCGAGACGUACGCUCAACUAGGACAUGUUAUGGUCCGUCCUGUCACGACUAUUUCUGCCCUUUCAACGAUGCAUGAUGACGUACGCCACGUGGCAGAAGGAAAGAGGGUGAUGAUGAUUAUACUACCGUUCCACAAGAUGUGGAGAAAGGAUGAAGAGAGUGGGGAGAUGAAGAUGGUUGAGAAUUUAGGGCAUGGAUGGAGAGGGGUGAAUCAAAGGAUGUUGAAGAAUUCUCCUAGCUCGAUUGCGGUUUUCUUGGACCGGGGUUUCGGUGGCGGUCGUGUCACCCAAAAUGAAUCGACAUCACAAAGGCAGCUUGGUGUAUGUGUUGUGUUCUUCGGUGGGCCAGAUGAUCGAGAGGCUUUGGAGCUUGGAGCCCGGAUGAUGGACCAUCCUGAAAUUCGGGUUACGGUUAUAAGGUUCAUAGAAACCCAGGGAAUGGAUGCUAACAGUGUUAAGCUCAUGCCGUCGCCGGAAAAGUGUAGUGACAGUAAUUAUACGUUCUCAGUUACUGCCAUGAACACCACUGAAGAGAAGGCAGAAGAUGAGGUAAUGGUGGAAGAAUUCAGGAACAAAUGGGAAGGAACGAUGGAGUUCAUACAAAAGCAGGCAAACAACAUUGAGGAGGCAGUAUUAACACUAGGUAGAAAUGGUGAGUACGACCUGAUAGUAGUAGGCAAAGGUCGUUUCCCAUCUACAAUGGUAGCGGAGCUAGCAGACCGGCAAGCUGAGCAUGCUGAGCUAGGGCCUAUUGGAGACAUAUUAUCAUCGAGUAACAACGGCAUAGUGUCGUCUGUGCUGGUUGUUCAACAGCAUACUAUGGUACAUGUAGAGGAGAUGCCUGUUUCUAGAGUGGUUGAUGGUGAAGACAACCACAAUGAUGCUACCAAUCAAGUUUAACUUUAAUAAUAAAAUCCCCGGCAAGGGUAAUUGUUAAUAGUGAAAUGGGGGUGUUGUUAACGAGCCAAACUUGCUCGUCACAUACUUGAGAUUUGGAUUCAGUUGUCCCGGCUCAUUAAUACCCUUACUUAUAAAGGAUGAUAAGCAACUUAAUUGAUCAGAUAUUGAGGAUACUAUCAUUGAGUAUUCUUGUACAGACAAAAUACGAAUACUGUGAAUAUUCUACUUUUUAAAAUUGCAAUGUAUGUUACCCAAGUGUUUUUCUUUCUGAAAUGUAAGUAUUAAAUGUUGAAAUUUUCUCA